GUCUCUCGAAAACCCGAAUACUUACGACGACGCUGGCAGCAGAUAACAAUCGCUACUGGAAGGGACGGCUCCAUUCGAAUCGUCCACCUAGUAGGCUUCUUGUUUCUCCACAGGGCUCCAAUUUUAUGAUAAUAAUGGAUGCUGUUGGCGCUAUUGGCAGUAUUGUCCAGAUACUGGAUGCAACGGCCAAGUUGAUCGAUUAUCUGAAAGAUGUUCGCGCCGCAGAGAAGCAGAUCUUAAGUUUCCAGGCCGAGAUUGAAGUUAUUCGCUACAUUUUAUGUGCUCUCAACACAUCGGUCGACGAAAAUCCGAAGAUAUUUCAUGUAACAUUAACAGUCAUUGGUGCGGAAGACGGAAUCCUUUACGAAUUUAACUCGUUCCUCGUCAGCUUCAAAGGGAAAUUAGUGGCGAAACCAGGAAGGAAAUUAUUAUGGCCUUUCGACAAAUCCCGCAUAAAACAGGACCUUGAAAAGAUACAAAGAUACAAGACCAUUCUUAUUUGUGCUCUUCUAAAUGAUUCCAUCAUAUCAACAGCACUCGAACAACAAAAAAAGCAUGAUGUUCUCGAGUGGCUAUCUCCAUCGCGGCGCAUUGACUUUUCUCAACAACAAGCAGCACUUACAGCUAAAAGGGCCAAAAACACUGGACGAUGGCUAAUAGAGUCCGAGCCGUUCAGGCUGUGGCUAGAUGGAAAACAAGACUCGAUAAUUCUGAAGGGCGGCGGCGGCAUGGGCAAGACAAUGCUGGCGAGCACGGCCAUCGAGUAUCUCACAAGACUCACUGCAAUCAGGCCAGAGAGAAGUGCAGUAGCAUAUGUAUUUGGAAACUGGGCUCACGCUGAUAAAUUUAACGCCCAAAACUUACUUGCGAGUCUGCUGAAACAGCUUCUUUCAGUGAAGGGUAUCAAACUGCCAGAGACGUUAGAGGAGCUGCACUCCUCUAAAAACUAUCCUACUUACUCUCAGCUAUGUCGCCUGCUUCAAUUGGAAGCUGGAAGAUUCUCAAAGACUUUUAUUGUUAUCGAUGCACUCAAUGAACUUGACGAAGAGACUCAGGAUAAGUUACUGAAGAUUCUCAGUGAGUUGCAAACCAGCUUUGCAAUAAAGUUGAUGGUAACGUCUCGGGAUCCGUAUCGAAUUUUGCAGUAUAUCGCAUCGGCCACGCAGCUUGAUACUCGAGCAACUAAAGAAGACCUUAACCUGUGGAUGGACGAAAGUCUGAGAGCGUUACCACCUGGCUGUUUUGUUGCCAAGUCGCCGCUUGAAACCCACCAAAAAAUUAAGGGCACACUAGCGCAGGCUGCCGACGGCAUGUUCCUUUUGGCAAAACUCAGUAUGAGUGCUAUUUCGAAGGUUUCGAACCGCAAAAAGCUUAAUCAGGCUUUAGAGUCUAUAGCAAGCGGUGGCUAUUCGUUGGAUGAUGGAUACAAUGAUACAAUGAAACGCCUGAAGGCUCAAUCCAGCGGAAUGCUGACCGAUUCGAUCAUAUUACUAUCUUUCGUAACCCAUGCUUCUAGGGAACUCACAGUCUCAGAGCUAGAGCACGCACUAGCAAUUGAAGUCAACGAGUCAUCCUUCGACACAGACAAUAUUUCAGACUUGAGAGAAGCUAUUGAUUCAUGUAGUGGACUUCUUGAGAUUGACCCGAGGAUCAAAAGGUCAUGCUGGUCCACACACCGCCAAGGAGUAUUUGAUCGUACAAAAGAAACGCAUUUCCCUGAUGCAAGCGCAAUGAUUACCGAGAGAUGCCUCGCAUAUCUUUCUGACAGCACUGCUUCAGUCUCCGGACCACUGGUGGUAUGUUAUGGAUCAAUUGAGCCACAGAUGUCCCAGGAUAUCUCAGGACUUCACAUCUGUGCAUGGUUUGGACUUCUUCUUACAGCAACUCAACUCAUCGAAGAGGAAGUAGAUGUGAAUAUUACCGACCAUAAUCAAAGGGGUCCCUUGUGUUUUGAAGAAUGUGUCAGGAGCAGUGACCCAGAGAUUGUCGAAAUUCUGGGCGGCUUCCAGAAUUACAGCGCUGAUUGCUGCGGCGACAUGUUGAAGCUAGCAGCCCAAAAUCCUCACUGUGGUGCCGACAUGGCGGAGCUGGUGCUCAAUUCAUACCCCAGCGUUCCAAUAGAGGAAAUAUAUGAAGGGUUCAUACUAUCAAGUGCGUCCAACCACUUGUGUGGCAAAUCCAUUUUAAGCAUGCUCAUCAACCGUGGGUGGAAGAUUCCUGUUGAUCUGAACAUAAUCAGGGUCUUAUCAGAAAAUAUGUCAUCCGGAGCAGAUAUUCUUAAAUGUUUAUUAUCUCAGGGUGAUAUCGAUCCCGAUCCUUCUAUUUUUGAGGUUGCGGCUUGUGGGUUGGCAAGCGAUGUUAUGGAAGCACUCCUGGAUUAUCAACCGGAAUUUCAAUUUAAUGUGGAUAUACUCCCACUCACGGCGCGGGGUAAUGAGGAGAUGUUCCUCACGGUCCUCAGGCGCCAUCCACAUUUCGAAGUUACGCAACAAAUGCUGGAUAGGCUGGUUCAAAAUACUGCUCUAGGAUCGGCAGCAAUGGAAGCGCUUCUCGAACAUGCACCGCCAGGGACUCUGAAAAUCGACGACGGUAUCGUCAUGUCCGCUCUUAAAGCUACAUACAAUGGAUCUCAUCUUAUACCAUGGCUUCUAAGCCACUAUGAAAAUCCCCAGGAAAAAAUCUCGGAGAAGAUAUUGGUAGCGGCGGUGGGAGGCAACGAUGCUAUCAGAAUUCUCAGUAUUAUCAAGUCAUUCGAACCAACAUUCAGGGUGACCUCUAGGAUGCUCUUAGUUGCUGUAUCAGGUCUCGGGACAUAUACUACAUCAAGAAGCGAGGUGCUUCAGUGGCUAUUGCAGCAUGAUCCAACUUGCAGGAUUGACGAAGUUUCCAUGGUUGAGUUCCUCAAGCCCGAGGCCUUGGAAUUGCUCAUACGCCAAGGAGAGGAUAUUUCCGAUCCAGAUAUUAUCGACGCCAUGACAGAAGCUGUUCUGAGGACGGGUCGUGAUGAGGACUGGAUUUCCAAAAUGCUAGGCCAUAUUCAAAAGCAACGCCUGCGCAUUACAUCCGCUUCAUUAAAAGCUGCGGCUGCGAAUAAGAACACGUCUGGUGCUAUAAAGUGGGUCUUAGACUACGAUUCCACUUUAGAAAUACCUUCUGAACUCUUCGAAGAGGUAGCAUGGACGCCUGCUAGUGCUCCAAAGUUGGAACUCUUAGAAAAGAGGAAUAGAGGAGUUGAAAUGACGGAACGAUUGUUUAUAGCAUCAGCAAAGUCUAAGGAUGUAAGAACUCUUCGAUGGGCGCUAGACCGAUCUGAUGUUGUGCAUAUUACACCUCGAGCCCUGGAAUAUGCAGCAGGCGUGUAUUCCUACAAAACGGACAAUGUUACCCGUAUGAAAUUGAUCACAACCAAGAACCCAUCAAUUACUAUUACAGAGGAAACAUUGAGGCGGACAUGCCAGAUUGCAUCGAGGGAUAUUAAGCCCCUAGAAUGGUUAUUGGCCGAGUAUCCUCAGCUGUCUCUCACAGAAAUUCCAAUGGCUGCUCUCCUUCGGGGCGGACAAUCUUCAGCAGUUGUGAAGACCAUCAAGGAGCACCUCCCGAAACUAAACAUUACGCAGACCCUGUUGACUGCAGCUGCUAAAAAUGAGUUUACGGAAAAGGCCUUGGAGUUGAUAUUAACUUUCGACAUCGGGGGAUUACUCUCGGAAUCGAUUCUUACAACUAUAGCAGGAUCCAAGCAUGCGGCAUCAAAAUUUAAAGUUCUCCUCAGGCUGCAUUCAGCCUCUGUGAGCGUAUCAGAUAUUGUACUUCGAGCUGCGUCUGAGACUCCCCAUGGAUCAGGUGCACUGCAAUGGCUGGUCUGGUUCUCAGAACCCAGAAAGCCGAACCAUACGCCUGUUUUGCCGUAUGACGCAAUGGUAUGGUAUCUUAAUCGAGAUCCAUCACCUACCAUUACGCAGAAGAUGCUUGUGGCAGUGGCACACCAACCGUGGGGUGGAGAUGUGCUAGCCCUGCUUCUCAAGCGCAACCCCAUAUUUAUCAUUUCCAAGGAGUUGAUGGAAGCAGUUUGCUACAACUGGGAGUUUGGAGAACACCAAUGCAGGCUCUACUCAGCCACCAUAAGCACACCAGGGUCUCGGAGGAUAUCCGCUCUGCGGUCUUGA